AUGGAUAUUGCUACAGUGAACUUCACCACUAUGGAAGGAUCUACUAACUUCACAAGUCUUUUAUCUCAGAAUUUAACCAUUGUGGAUAUGUAUAUUUUCAGCAUUAUUGUGCUGUUUGGUUUUCCCACACAAUCCUAUAUAAUAUGGCUCAUCGUCACAGGAGCAGGAAGUGGAAUUUCAUCAGAGUUCUUCCUGUUUAAUCUCUGUAUCUGUGAGAUGUUUAACUAUCUGGUUUGUUUAAUGUUUUUACUGUCAAAAUGGUCUUUAGGUUUCAUGAUGUUUGGACUUCUUUUACAAGGAUUACUCAUCACCGGUCGUCCUCUGUUUCAGUGUCUGAUCUGUGUGGAGCGUUACCUGGCAGUGGUUCAUCCUGUAAUCUUUCUGAAGUACAAACCUCUCAGAUACAAAGUCAUGUGCUCUUCCGCUGCCUGGAUCAUUUGUACCGCUUCCUGUUUGUUCUGCUUCUUCCUUUUUAUCUCAAACACAGUUGCAGCACACUCAUGUUUUUUCGUGAUAUUCUUUCUUACCAUCCUCUCCAUUCAGUUGUUUUGCCUUUUGGCUGUUCUCAGAGCACUUAAACAGUCAGGACCAGGAGAGAGAAUGGGAGAGAGAGAGGAUACAAGCCACAUAAAGAGAAAAGCGUUUUAUCUCAUUCUCAUAACUACAGUGAGCAUGAUUAUCAUAUAUGUGCCAAUAUCUGUCUCAGGAUUUUUAACUGCUAUGACAAACAAGUACAUUGCAGAAUUAUGGUAUCCUGCAUUUCUGUCUUACAUGCUGGGUGGUUUUUUACAGCCUGUUUUUUAUUUACACAGAUGUGGUAAACUUUUCUGCUAUGCUUCUUCCUAA